AGCAGUCGCGACUCUGCUCGACUCUCUCCCCAUUCAUAAGACACACCCGCGAUGUCUUCCUCGAACACAGGACCAGAACCUCUCCUGCAAGGUGGCAUACCAGUGCAAUCCAUCGUCACCGGCUCCCUACAAGAGCCCACGGUGCACCAACUGUUCUCCCUUUCAGGGAGAACAGCUGUUGUGACCGGCGGUGCUCGCGGCCUUGGAAUGACUCUGGCGACGGCACUGCUCGAGGCUGGAGCUCAUGUAUACCUUCUCGACGUGCUCCCAGCGCCGUCCGAACCUGAAUACAAGGCCCUCUCUGCCAAAGCUCAAGAAGCCGGUCUGAGCGUAGGGUAUUAUAAGGUCGACGUCACCAAAAUCGAACAAGUCGAUGACGUGAUUCAGACCAUCGCGAAAGAGGCCCCUGCCAAGAUUCGACCCGUUAUCGCUGCGGCAGGCAUUCUACAGGAAUGCGAAGCGAUCGACUACAAGCAGGAGGAUUUCCGUCGAAUCAUGGAUGUCAACGUCCUCGGCGUGUUCAAUACUGCUCAAGCGGCGGCCAAGAUUAUGUUGGCGCACGGGGAAGGAGGGAGUAUCACAGCUAUUGCGAGCAUGAGUGGAACCAUAGCGAACCGGGACCUCCCGGCCGUGGCUUACAAUUCGUCCAAAAGCGCAGUGUUGCAACUGUGUCGAUCGCUCUCAGCCGAAUGGGCCCCUAAGGGCAUACGAGUAAACUCGCUCAGUCCCGGGUAUAUCAUGACUGCGAUGACAGCCGCUCUUCUCGAGGUGAAACCCCAGCAAAAGGUGCAAUGGGAGGACGGAAGUCCUCAGCACAGAAUAUCAGAGCCCUGGGAGUACAAGGGUCCGGCCGUGUUCCUGGCAUCCGAUGCCAGUUCGUUUUUCACGGGCAUGGACCUUCGGGCGGAUGGCGGGUAUUGUUCGUGGUGAAUACCGACAAACACUACCAAGAGAAUCAAGGGAGAGAACAACGACCAUCAGCCUAGUUUUGUGGGCCGCUGUUCACGAGAUGGUGGUGGGUUUCACUCGCUUUACUGGCCAGUAAACAGAAUGGCGUCGCUAUUCAGUACUUAUAUCUGACAAUCAAGACAUGUCGCG